AUGGCAUUGCUGUGCUACAACAAGGGCUGUGGGCAGAAGUUUGAUCCUGAGCACAACACCAGAGAUUCCUGCCUGUAUCACCCAGGCAUCCCCAUCUUCCACGAUGCCGUGAAGGGCUGGUCUUGUUGCAAGAAACGCACAACAGACUUCUCUGAAUUCCUCUCCAUAAAGGGAUGCACAAAGGGGUUUCACAGCAAGGAGAAGCGCCCUGAGCCUUUCAGCCAAGAAGAGACCUCUGACAAGCCGAAGGCCAAACCAGUGGAGAAGCUCAUCAUCCAAGGACCAAAAUCAGCUGAGAAGAUGCAGCGGGAAAGACCAAGCUCUGAUGAACCAAGACAACUGCUGCCAAUUAAAGUAUCCAGGUCUCUGGAGCAGGCACUGGAGAAAUUGAGCCUGUCCUCCCCAGAUGAGGCACCUGAGGGCAGUUGCACAGGGGAGGUGGCUGCCCAGGUGAGAGCUGGCACCACCUGCAAGAAUGCAGCCUGCAAGGCGAUCUACAAGGGCCCAGAGAGCAACACAGAGGUUUGUACUUUCCAUCCUGGGGUUCCUGUCUUCCAUGAAGGGAUGAAGUACUGGAGCUGCUGUGGAGUCAAAACGAUAGACUUCAGCGCCUUCCUGGAGCAGCCAGGCUGCAGCAGCGGACUGCACUGCUGGGCAGGGAAGGGGGACAAGAAGGCAGUGUCAUGCCGGCAGGACUGGCACCAAACCAGCAGUCAGGUGGUGGUGACGGUCUAUGCCAAGAAGCCCCUGCCUGCCCUCAGCAGUGUGAAAGCCAACCGCACUGUGCUUGAGAUUCAUCUCAUCUUUGAAGGGAGUAAGAUUUUCCAGGCAGAACUGGAUCUCUGGGGGGUCAUCGAAACAGAGAAGAGCUUUGUGAGCAUGGUCCCUACCAAGGUGGAGAUCGUGCUUUGCAAAGCCAGCCCUGGGUCGUGGGCCAGGCUGGAGCUCCUCCAGAGCAGGUUGCAGUCCUGUGGUGAGCAGGAGAAGGAGACGGCCAAUGCAGAGGAGCCCAGUGCAAUGCAGGGGGAUGACUCGGAUGACAGCUUGAGCUGGUCGGAGGAGGAAGAAGACAAGGAGCUGUAG